AAACUAUGUUAUAGAUGCUUGCAAAAGCCUAAGACCUUUAAAAAACACUAAAAAGCACACUGAAAACGGAAAAAAACAGAUAAACCGAGUGAUAUAAACCGAAACUAGUCUAUACGUGAAAAACAAAAAAAGCCGAAUAGUAAGCUGAGGCAAAACCACAGGUAACUAUUAAGUAUGGUGAAACUCAAAAAAAAGUAAUCUACCGAACGUAUAGCUCAGGAUAGAUUCUUUAGAACUGAAAUGGUACUUUUGUUGCGUAAGAACACAGCAAAAGUUUGAUAAAUGCAAAUCACGUUAGGACUAAACUUCCCAUUCGACAAAUUUCCCCCAAAUACACGACGUAAGGGGAAAAAGCGACAUUUCCCCUAAAUAACCGACGUAAAGGCGAAAAAGCGACAUUUCCCCUUUAUUUACUCUUUCGUCCGCUUUAUUUCCCCUUUCUUCGCCUUUAUUUCUCCUUUUUGUGUUGCUUGGGAUCCUGAUAAGCAAUUUUUUUCUUAUAUAUUGCCUCCACUUGGUUAACUGCUUCUAUGAAUUCAGUGUUCAUCUUUUUGUACUAAUGAUUUAUCGCAACUUGGACCGAUGCACAUAUGUCCUGGUUUUAUGUUGUAAAUGAAUAACUGACAGUGUGCUAGGCUCAAGGAGAUUUGUAUGCUAUAUGCAUGCACUUCAUUCCGUUAUUAUUCCUAUUAUUAUCCCGGAAUUUUCGUUGUUUAGCAUUUUGCCUUGUUUCGAUCAUGGGAAUAUGAAUAUUUUGAUUUCAGCGUACCCGUUCACAUAGUCAUUGUCGUGGUCAUUAGUGUGUGUAACGCUAUUAAUUAUGCAUCUCUGUUUAGAUGGAGAGGAAAACGAAGGCAGAACUCCACUACUUUAUGAUCAAUCAAGUACAGUACAACUUAUUUCAGCGCAUCAAAGUCGCAGACCACGAAAUUCUUCACCUUCAGAUGAUUUUCAAAAAAUUGGUGUCAAUGUAGACCCCGGGGAGAGAAACGUGUUCAGUUUUAAACGAUUAUGGACGUUCACAGGUCCUGGAUUCUUAAUGAGUAUUGCCUAUCUGGAUCCUGGAAAUAUAGAAUCAGAUUUGCAAAGUGGUGCAAUCGCUAAUUAUAGACUUCUAUGGCUUUUACUCCUAGCUACAUUGAUGGGAUUAUUUCUACAACGUCUGGCUGCUCGUUUGGGUGUAGUGUCAGGUAGACAUUUAGCAGAAGUAUGCUAUGAUGAAUAUCCUACACCGGCACGUAUUAUACUAUGGAUUAUGGUUGAGGUUGCAAUUAUUGGGUCAGAUAUGCAAGAGGUGAUUGGUACUGCUAUAGCUAUAAAUUUAUUAAGUUUUGGUUAUAUACCUUUAUGGGCUGGUGUACUUAUCACUAUUUUGGAUACUUUCACUUUUUUAUUUCUUGAUAAAUAUGGUUUACGUAAAUUAGAGUUCUUUUUUGGACUUUUAAUAACUAUUAUGGCUGUGACAUUUGGUUAUGAGUAUAUUGUUGUAAAACCCGAUCAAGUAUCUCUUUUACGCGGAUUAUUUGUGCCUUCUUGUCCUGGUUGUGGUUGGCCUGAAUUGGAACAAGCUGUUGGUAUCCUCGGUGCUGUUGUAAUGCCUCAUAAUUUUUACUUACAUUCUGCUCUUGUUAAAUCACGUGAUAUAGAUCGAAAUAAUCCAUCUUUGGUUCGUGAAGCGAAUAUGUAUUACUUCAUUGAAUCAACCAUUGCAUUAUUCGUUUCUCUUAUGAUAAAUAUAUUUGUUGUAUCAGUAUUUGGUGCUGGGUUCUAUGGUAAAAAUGUUAAACAAGUGAUUGAGAAUUGCACACUUGAAGGUAAAAUUCCUGUUCGUUUUACAAAUGCUGCUUCUAGUUUUGAUCCAAAUAGUGUCGAUUUGUACACAGGAGGAAUAUUUCUAGGUUGUGAGUUUGGUCUCGCCUGUCUUUUUAUUUGGGCUAUCGGUUUAUUGGCUGCUGGGCAGUCGUCUACAAUGACUGGGACAUAUUCUGGACAGUUUGCUAUGGAAGGUUUUUUAAACUUAAAAUGGAAACGCUGGCAACGAGUGUUAAUAACGCGUUCUAUAGCUAUUUUGCCCACGAUUUUAACGACUGUUUUUCGAGGCAUUGAAGAUUUAACUGGAAUGAAUGAUUUCUUAAAUGUACUAAUGAGUGUUCAACUGCCAUUUGCUGUUAUUCCAUUGUUAACAUUCACUAGUAGCAAAUCAGUUAUGGCUGAAUUUAAAAAUUCUCUUCCGGUUUCAAUUGUUGCUAAUUUAAUAUCCAUAGCAGUUGUGUCAAUUAAUCUAUUCUUGGGUAGUGUUGUAAUUAAAGCACGUCUACCGCAUCAUUGGGCAGUAUAUUUAGGCAUGGGAUUAUUAUUCGCAUGUUAUUUAGGAUUUGUAUUUUACUUGAUUUGGUUCGGAUUUAUUCAUGUAUGGCGUUCAAGAAGGACUCCUACAACAUUCGUUACAUUGAAUAUGGAUAGAUCUCUUUCAGUGAUUGACGUUGGUGCCACGACUGUUCCUAUCAAUGGUGAGGGCGGUAAUCGAUCGACCAAUGAGAAAACUCUCCAUAAUACAAUGGUUCUUUCUUAGAAAUUAUACGAUACAAAAGGAUUUGAAAGAAAUAAUUUAGCCAAAUAACAGUACUUAGCAGGAAGAGAACCUUUUGCCAAUUAAACCUUGUCUUUCUAAUUCAUCCAUACUAUUAUUAUUAUUACUACUUCCAUAGUAUUUGUAUUUAACAUAAUGAUAUUUUUUCCAGAUUGUUGUUAUGCUACUAUCAGAGUAUAUUUGGCCUUAAAUUACAUUUUAUUUAUUAAUUUAUGGAAUAGUAAGCAAUUGGGAAGUAAUAUGAUUUUCGUUUUGUCAAUUGAUCUAUUUACACACUGUUUUUAAUCUUUUUGCUAUGAGUCACAUUUAUUUCGAAUUGUUUGAUAUGCUGAAAGUUUUUACAAUAUAUAUAUUGAGAUAUGUG